AUGAAUGAUUAUCAGACAGUUGUUUUGAUCAAUAUCGAACCGACGAAAACAAAUAUAUCAAGCUUGACGGACACAAAUACCGAUGCAGUUGACCCAGCAGCACCGAUUACACAACCACCUGACCAGCCUGAUGUGAAAACUGAUGCAGUUGACCCAGCAGCACCGAUUACACAACCACCUGACCAGCCUGAUGUGAAAACUGAUGCAGUUGACCCAGCAGCACCGAUUACACAACCACCUGACCAGCCUGAUGUGAAAACUGAUGCAGUCACGACACCACCUGUUACGGCUGACCAAAUUCCGAUUGUGCCGAAAACUGAACCUGUUGACCCAGCAGCACCGAUUACACAACCACCUGACCAGCCUGAUGUGAAAACUGAUGCAGUUUGUGAUGCAGCAUAUCGUUUCACGGUGUAA